ACACACACACACACACACACACAUACACACACAUCCGCAGUCGCUGUGACUCCUCGUCGGACUCCUCCACUCACUCGUCCCGGAGAAUCUCUCGGUCAGGAUGAACUUCCAGGGCUAUGGCGCUCCAGCAGCGGGAGGGUUUCCCGGAGGAUUCCCCGGACAGCAGCAGGAUCCUCUGUUCGGAUACUUCACCACAGUCGCAGGACAGGAUGGCCAGAUCUCUGCAGAAGAGCUGCAGGCGUGUUUGACUCAGGCCAACUUCUCUGGCGGCUACAGACCUUUCAACAUUGAGACGUGUAGACUGAUGAUCAGCAUGCUCGACAGAGACAUGUCUUGUGCGAUGGGCUUCAAUGAGUUCAAGGAGCUGUGGGGGGUCCUGAGCGGCUGGAAGCAGCACUUCAUGAGCAUCGACCGGGACAUGAGCGGCACCGUCGACCCGCAGGAGAUGACCCAGGCCAUCGCCUCCAUGGGGUACAGGCUGAGUCCUCAGGCCACCAACUCCAUCAUAAAGCGCUACAGCUCUAACGGGAAGAUCUGCUUCGACGAUUAUGUGGCGUGCUGUGUCAAACUCAGGAGCUUGACGGAUGCAUUCAGAAAGCGGGAUCAGGCUCAACAGGGAAUGGCUUCAUUUCAAUACGAUGAUUUCAUCCAGUGCACCAUGAGCAUCUGAGGAGCGUCUGGAUUCAUGCUUGACCUCAAAGAAUUCAUUCCUUUUUAUAAUCUGCAUUUUUAAACGAUUCUCUCACAUGUGCUUUCAUGUCAUACUUUUUAUAGCAUUGUCUUACUUACGAUAUUAGACGUACAUUUCAAUAAUAUUGUUAGCAUUAUGCACCAUUAUUAACCACUAUGUAAGUAGUGCCUCUACACCAAUGAUAUUAACAAUCUAUGCACUCAUGUAUCAUACAUCAUAUAGUACAUAUAUAUGAAUGGCAGUCCAGUGCUGCGUGUUUAUGCUCUUCCUGUGCAUCUGCUUGAAAGUCUUAAUGUGACUCGGCUGAAGGAGUGCUGAAGGCCAAACCUCACUCAGUGCUGCUAUAUGGACACAUGAUGGAGAAGUAAAUCUUCUACUAAUAUAACCUCACGAUCCAUGUGUGUUUCUUGUUCUGCUCACUGGUAACUUCUUUAAUUUAAUUGUUAUAACAAACUAUGUAGUUCAGUUUAGUACUCCAAUAUAAGUUGAUUUGAUAAAAGAAAAUGUUGAAAAUAUUGCAAAUCACGCAAAUAUUCCUUGCCGGUGUUGGGACUUUACAGACAUUAAAGACUUUCUUUAA